AUGUACAAAGCAGAGAAACCAGCGCCAGCUGGCGGUGGGCAAGAUCUCCCGAUCACGAAGCGUACAGCCUUUGAAGACCCGAGUACAGCUCAUGCGAAAAGAAUCAAACACAUCCAUGAUGGGUCAACAGAACUAGCACCAGAUAUUACAACUCUAGCUAUUACAGCUCCAGUUCUUAAACCUUUAACUACAACCCGUAGGGUGGCUUUUCCUGAGAAACCUGCGGUUGUGGAAGAGCGAAACGGCGAGAUCGAAUUCCAAGUUGUCAACAAUGAUGGUUCCCACGAGAGUACGAUCGUACUUACAGGACUCAAAUGCCUGUUUCAGAAGCAGCUUCCCAAAAUGCCGAAGGAUUAUAUUGCGCGUCUUGUGUAUGACCGCACACAUCAAUCAUUGGCCAUCGUGAAAAGGCCUCUGGAGGUCAUUGGUGGGAUAUCAUUUCGAGAAUUUCGAGAUCGCAAGUUCGCCGAAAUUGUCUUUUGCGCUGUCUCGUCGGAUCAGCAAGUAAAAGGCUAUGGUGCACAUCUCAUGGCUCAUUUAAAGGACUAUGUCAAGGCUACUUCCCCAGUGAUGCACUUUCUUACCUAUGCUGAUAAUUAUGCCAUUGGCUAUUUCCAAAAACAAGGCUUUACCAAAGAGAUCAUCCUCGACAAGUCGAUCUGGAUGGGAUGUAUCAAGGAUUAUGAAGGAGGCACACUUAUGCAGUGCUCCAUGCUUCCCCGAAUACGAUAUCUUGAAGUUGGUCGUAUGUUGCUGAAACAGAAGGCAACUGUCCUAGCCAAAAUGCAACGCUCAAGCAAAAGCCACAUAAUCCAUCCACAACCCCAGCAGUGGGCUCAUGGCGUUACUCCAAUCGAUCCACUCUCCGUACUCGCCAUUCGGGAGACUGGCUGGUCUCCGGAGAUGGAUGCAUUAUCACGAGAACCACGGCAUGGACCCCAUUUCAAUGAACUUCGACGUUUUUUAAACCAAAUCCAAAACCAUCAACAAGCAUGGCCCUUUUCGAGCCCGGUUAAUGGAGAUGAAGUCCCUGACUAUUACAAUGUCAUCACAUCGCCAAUGGACCUGUCGACUAUGGAAGAAAAAGUGGAGGGCGAUUGUUAUACGGCUCCCAAAGAACUUGUCCGCGAUCUACAAUUGAUUUUCAAUAAUUGUUGGAGAAGUUCAUGUGGGGCCUUAUCAAGGAGAUUCCGGAGUGGCAUGAACUACUUGAAAAAUAAUCGGUCAAAAGCGGUUCUUCGAUCUUGGUAUAUAGACUAG